AUGACUUUGUAUGAAACAGAAUGUUUGGAUAACUUGAGCAUUGAGAAGAAACAAGUAAGAUGUAAUGUAUGUACUAUCCCAGCACGAUGUAAUGUAUGUGCUGUCCCAGCAGGAUGUAAUGUAUGUGCUCUCCCAGCAGGAUGUAAUGUAUGUGCCAUUCCAGCAGGAUGUAAUGUAUGUACUGUCCCAGCAGGAUGUAAUGUAUGUGCUCUCCCAGCAGGAUGUAAUGUAUGUACUGUCCCAGCAGGAUGUAAUGUAUGUGCUCUCCCAGCAGGAUGUAAUGUAUGUACUGUCCCAGCAGGAUGUAAUGUAUGUGCUCUCCCAGCAGGAUGUAAUGUAUGUACUGUCCCAGCAGGAUGUAAUAUAUGUGCCAUCCCAGCAGGAUAUAAUGUAUGUGCUCUCCCAGCAGGAUGUAAUGUAUGUGCUCUCCCAGCAGAAUGUAAUGUAUGUGCUCUCCCAGCACGAUGUAAUGUAUGUGCCAUUGCAGCAGGAUAUAAUGUAUGUGCCAUCCCAGCGGGAUGUAAUGUAUGUACUGUCCCAGCAGGAUGUAAUGUAUGUGAUCUCCCAGUAGGAUGUAAUGUAUGUGCUCUCCCAGCAGGAUGUAAUAUAUGUGCCAUCCCAGCAGGAUAUAAUGUAUGUGCUCUCCCAGCAGGAUGUAAUGUAUGUCCUGUCCCAGCAGAAUGUAAUGUAUGUGCUCUCCCAGCACGAUGUAAUGUAUGUGCCAUUGCAGCAGGAUAUAAUGUAUGUGCCAUCCCAGCGGGAUGUAAUGUAUGUACUGUCCAAGCAGGAUGUAAUGUAUGUGCCAUCCCAGCGGGAUGUAAUGCAUGUGCCAUCCCAGCAGGAUGUAAUGUAUGUGUCAUUCUUUACAGUAGAAAUGGCAAAGUCAGAAAAUCUAUGACUGCAAAAGAUGCAAGCAUUAUUCUUUUCUUGCCUUCUGUGCGAUACUCGCCGCAUAUUAGGAGUCCAACUAAUGUUGCCUCAUGUGAAAUUCAGAGGGAGUAG